AACAAAACGACUGGCUGUCUGACCGGGGAUGCCUCGUUCCUCUCGUUCCCCUUCCUGCUACUCUGUAUCUCUCGCGCGCCCGUGGCUCCUUCACGAGCACGCGCGAGCGAACCAGCGGCCGAUCGCCGACAGGGGGCGGGGCGAUCUGAUGCCGGUGAGGCGCUGAUGGCGGCGCUGUCCGCCGGUGGUCCGGGCGGCGUCGUGGCUGGGGAGGGUUCCACCUCCUCUGCCGCCGCUGCUGCCGCGACGAUCGGGUCCCACAGGGUCGACGGAGAGGCAAUGUGGCAUAUGAGUUUAGGCGAAUCCAUGGAAGCUGGUCUGUAUCCAGAGCGUGUUGGAGAGCCGGAUUGUAGUUACUACAUGAGGACUGGACUGUGCAGGUUUGGAAUGACCUGUAAAUUUAAUCACCCAGCAGAUCGAAAGAUGGCUGUUGCUGCUGCAAGAAUGAAGGGAGAAUAUCCUCAAAGAAUUGGUCAACCAGAAUGUCAAUACUAUCUAAAAACUGGGAUGUGCAAAUUUGGAGCAACGUGCAAGUUUCACCAUCCCCGAGAAAAGGCUGCAAUGGCAACCCGAGUACAGCUGAAUGUUUUAGGCUACCCAUUACGGCCGAAUGAGAAGGAAUGUUCUUAUUACUUAAGAACAGGGCAGUGCAAAUUUGGAAGCACAUGCAAGUUCAAUCACCCACAACCAUCUAAUACGAUGGUUGCACUACGUGGCUCUGUUUUUUCGCCUGGACAGUCCGCAACUUCUCCUAGUCAGCAUACUUAUUCUGGGAGUGUAACGAACUGGCCCUUGUCAAGAUCUGCUUCAUUUAUUGCAAGUCCUAGGUGGCCAGGCCAUUCAAGCUAUGCACAAGUGAUUGUUCCACCAGGCCUUGUUCAAGUUCCAGGGUGGAGUCCUUAUGCUGCACAACUUGGUUCGUCGUCAUCAGAUGACCAAGGACGGUCUUCUGGUGCUGCCCAGUACUAUACUGGCUCACGUCAGAGUGAAACACAAGGCAUGAGUGAUCAUGGAAUGAUAUCAUCAUAUCAACAUGGUUCUGUUCCUGCUGGACUCUAUGCAGUACAGAGGGAGUACAUAUUUCCAGAUAGACCUGAUCAACCUGAAUGUCAGUUCUAUAUGAAGACAGGAGACUGCAAGUUUGGUGCUGUAUGCAAGUUUCAUCAUCCCAAGGAGCGAAUAAUUCCUUCUCCAAGCUGUGCGCUGAGUCCGCUAGGUCUGCCACUACGCUCGGGAGAGCCAAUAUGCACUUUCUAUUCCCGUUAUGGCAUCUGCAAGUUUGGGCCUAAUUGCAAAUUUGAUCACCCAAUGGGAACCGUUAUGUAUGGCCUCGCAACGUCACCAACAGGUGAGGUCCCAACUGGUCGGCAUAUGUUAGCACCUGUACCAGCACUUUCAGAAGUACCACCAGGCAAUAGCUCCGGAAGGUCUCGAAGGAUGACCCAUGCAGAUACCCAGCAAACACCGUCUACUGAAAGAAGCACCGAGAGAGAGGCAUCCUAAGCCGUCCUCAGUGUUAUAUUCAUGUGGCUUCCCAUUCUGGACUCUCGACAAAAUUUCAGGAGCUGGUGCUGUACAUGUCUUGCCCAAUUGCCUCGCCUUUGAGCUUUACAAGCCGGAGCUUGCUUCUACUUGGCAUUCAGGCAGGAAAAGGUUUUUCUUGUUCAGGAUGCUCAUUUGGCCUGUGUCAAUGGGACAACCUUAUUUAAACAUAUGGUCUUACAUGAACAAACUCACCUAUGAACAUUCGAUUCCCUCCGAGUGAUGUGGCUUGAUCCCUGUUGUAAUUACCGGUGUUUUGCAAUGGACAAAGCUUUUGCCAAACUGGCUAGGGGUGUGCCAUAUCUUAUCCUUUUCUGUCGUUUCUCCUUUUACAAUUUGUGUCGAAAAUGCCGACAUUAUAGGCUGCAAUCAUAAGGUACUGUCAAAUCUGGAAAAUUUAGAACUUUAGUUUGCUGCCAUAAGAGCGCAAUUCAA